AUGGACCUGUACCAAAGGCAAGUGGCCCGGCUAGAACUAAAGAAGGCUGUAACUACCCCACUCCCAGAACCAACGGAGGACGAAUUCGUCGUCAUCCCCACCUCAGAGCAUGCAACCCUUCCUGAACGGAAGACUAGCCUGGUCGGCACUGACCUUACCAUGACUAUUCCCAAGGGACACUACGGAAGAAUCGCACCUUGGUCUGGUCUAGCGCUAAAAGAAAUCGAUGUCGCUGCAGGAGUAAUCGACUCCGAUUACCGAGGCAAGGUCUCAGUCCUGCUGGUCAAUAACUCUGACCUCCCAUUCACCAUCAAAGCCGGCGACCGAGUUGCCCAGCUCAUCCUUGAAAGGAUAAGCACUCCAUGUCGCGACUUGAGGUCAAGCGACUUGUGGAAAACCUAA